AUGGGAGAUGAUCAGGAGCAAACGAAGGAAUCUUGCUCUAGGGUCCAGAGGUUGUUCAAGAGGGUCAAGGGUUUAGUGACCAGGGCGAGACCUGCCUCCCCACCCCCGCCCCCACCCCCGCCCCCCACCUGGAACCCAGGCUGCACGCACGUGUACGGGUACGUGUUCGGGCAUGUGUCUGAAAGCCAUCUUGAACAUCCCCUGUCCCAGCAGGUGCUGGACACGGGGGAGCAGCUGAUGGUCCCCGUGGACGUCCUGGAGGUGGACAACGAGGGAGCCUUGUGGAAGUUCCUGCUGUCGGGAGCCAUGGCAGGGGCAGUGUCACGCACAGGCACGGCCCCUCUUGAUCGAGCCAAGGUGUACAUGCAGGUCUACUCCUCCCAGGCUAACUUCAUGAACUUGCUGGGGGGUCUCCGGAGCAUGGUGCAGGAGGGGGGCGUGCGCUCGCUGUGGCGAGGUAACGGCAUCAACGUGCUCAAGAUCGCCCCUGAGUAUGCCAUCAAGUUCUCUGUCUUUGAGCAGUGUAAGAACUUUUUCUGUGGCGUGCACGGCUCUCCGCCAUUCCAGGAGCGCCUCCUCGCGGGCUCGCUGGCUGUGGCUAUCUCUCAGACCCUCAUCAACCCCAUGGAGGUGCUGAAGACGCGGCUGACCCUACGCAGGACAGGCCAGUACAAGGGGUUGUUGGACUGCGCCAGGCAGAUCUUGGAGCGUGAUGGCACCCGGGCUCUGUACCGUGGCUACCUGCCCAACAUGCUGGGCAUCAUUCCCUACGCCUGCACAGACCUGGCCGUGUAUGAGAUGCUCCAGAGCUUGUGGCUGAAGUCUGGCAAGGACAUGGAGGACCCCAGUGGCCUGGUCUCUCUGUCGUCUGUAACGCUUUCCACAACCUGUGGACAAAUGGCCAGUUACCCACUGACUUUGGUGCGCACCCGGAUGCAGGCAGAAGACACGGUGGAGGGCUCCAACCCCACCAUGCGUGGAGUGUUUCGUCGGAUCCUGACCCAGCAGGGCUGGCCGGGGCUGUAUCGAGGCAUGACCCCCACGUUGCUCAAGGUGUUGCCCGCGGGGGGCAUCAGCUACGUGGUAUAUGAAGGAAUGAAGAAAACCUUGGGUGUGAGCUGA